UUGUUCUUAAGCCAGGCUCAACUUGAAGCAUAUAAAAAUGAGAUUUGAAUUGGAAACCGUCGUGCAUGGUUUUAUUUACGAGAGUGCGGGAGUUGGUUUUAGUGUUCUCUCAAAUCUGCAAUCAUGGAGUUUGCUUCUCUUCAAGAUCUCUACCUACAUUGCAGCUAAUUUCUUCGGCAAUACGGAGGUGCAUCUGUUCCGAACGACUUUGCAGACUCUCAGUUCUUCUUCAACGCUCUCCCGCUUCCGAUCCUCCACUUGUUCGUAUUUCCAUUUCAGAUACCGGCCAUGGAAACUGCAUACAGGAGUUUCAGGAUUUGAAGUGCCCCGUCGAAGGUAUCCUUGCCGAAACGUGGGAUGGAAUUGUUUACGUGAGAACGACCAAGAUUGCAGAUAUUUCUGAUCCUGAGAUAAGUUGCUAUCAGUUGAAUCUGAAAGAGAAUGUCACUACCAGGAAGCCAAUUCGGCUACCAUCAAACAUUAAGCAUGCUGUGAAAUUCAGUGGAACCGAAGUGUGUUUGUUUGUUUCUGAAAGUGUUGAUGUUUUGCUGGCGGAGAUCAACUGCUUAUUUCAUCAGAUCCUUAUUCUAAAGGUCCCAAAUAUUGCAAUGGAAGUUGUGGCCGAUGGCCAGGAUACCUCAGGGUCACUUAAUGAUGCUGUUUUCCUAGAAAACUUGUUCUCGGGUUCCUCUUUCACAGCCUCAACCCUUGAUCUUUUGAAAUUGGGCCUUGAGGAUUUUGUAUUAAGGCAUGGAUCUAGUUCGAUGUGCAACUCUUGUUUCCCUAACAGGGAUGAACUGAAGAGUGGGGGUGGAAUGGUUUGUGAAGACAAGCAUAAAAUUACCAAACUGGUAGUGGAGGCAGCAGUUGUGAUUGGUGAAAUAUCAAAUCUGACCAAUAAUUGCUUUGGAGCAGGAUGCUCUGAUACAAAGGUUCUUUGUUUUAAAGAUUUUGCUCCUUGUUCGAUCUCGGAGGCAUUUCUAAAGGCAUUAACAUUCAUUGACUGGAAACGUCAUGGAUUGACUUUGGAAUGUGCUAUCAAUCAAAGAAGGCAUGCACUAUUAAAGUGGGAACAGACGCCCUUAUCUUUUCAUAUUCAUAUUGUUGUCCACUACUAUCAUAAGCUUGUUGCCAAUGCCACACCAGUGGUGCAGCAGACUCGAUUCGAUAAAAAACUCAUAAGCAAAGCAGUUCAACUUGCACUGGAAGACUUCAAGAAUAAACAUGCGGGAUUUCUUCUCAGUGUUGAUAACCUCAAGAUCAGUAGGUUUGCCCCUGAUUUAGCCAAAGCGAUGGCUGGCCUAGUUUUAUACUCCAACGACAUGGAUUUCAAAAAAGAAUGCCUUGCAAUUCUUGGAUUGCAACCUCACCAAUCAGGGGGCGAAGUUGUUGAAGAAACUAUAAAGAAAAAAAUAAUUUCAGUGAUAGAGAAGAAUGAUCAGAGGCCACAAGGAAUUAAAGAAGUUGCCCAUCUUUUGUUUAAGGAUGGUCGCCAAAAAUUACAGGUUGUGGACAAUGACAACGAAUAUUGCAUGGAUGAUUUUGAUCCAAUGAAUUUGUAAGUAUAAACUUUGUGUUGAAUAAAAAUGAAACUCAUACUUUAGGUGAAAA